CCGUCGAAUCACCGAGCCGGCCCCCACGGCCCCCAACAACCCACAAGCCCCGCACGCAAGCCCCCAAAUCAGCAAAGCAGCGCCCGGAUGGUGGAGAUCCCGGUGAUCGACCUGCGGCUCGCCGGCGCGGCGCCGGAGGAGUCGGCGCGGCUGCGGGACGCGUGCGAGCGCCUGGGCUGCUUCCGCGUGUUCGGCCACGGCGUGCCCGCCGCGCUCCAGGCCGACAUGAAGGCCGCCCUGCGCGCGCUCUUCGACCUCCCCGACGACGCCAAGCGCCGCAACACGGAGAUCAUCGCUGGCAGCGGCUAUGUCCCGCCCAGCGCCGCCAACCCGCUCUACGAGGCCUUCGGUCUCUGGGACGCCGCCGUCCCCGCCGACGUCGACGCCUUCUGCGCCCGCCUCGACGCGCCGCCCCACGCAAGGGAGGCCGUGAAGAGCUACGCGGAGAAGAUGCACGAGCUCAUCGUGGACGUGGCCGGCAAGGUGGCCGCGAGCCUCGGGCUGGAGGGCCACCCGUUCCAGGACUGGCCGUGCCAGUUCCGUAUGAACAGGUACAACUACACGGAGGACACCGUGGGCUCCUCGGGCGUGCAGAUCCACACGGACUCCGGCUUCCUCACCGUGCUCCAGGAGGACGACUGCGUCGGCGGGCUCGAGGUGCUGGACCCUGCCGCCGGCGAGUUCGUCCCCGUCGACCCCUUCCCCGGCUCGUUCCUCGUCAACAUCGGCGACGUCGGCACGGCAUGGAGCAACGGGAGGCUGCACAGCGUGAAGCACCGGGUGCAGUGCGUGGCGGCGGUGCCGCGCAUCUCGAUCGCCAUGUUCCUGCUCGCGCCCAAGGACGACAGGGUGUGCACGCCGGAGGCGUUCGUGGACGCGGACCACCCUCGCCGGUACAGGGCGUUUAACUACGACGAGUACAGGAAGCUCCGGCUGUCCACCGGCGAGCGCGCCGGCGAGGCGCUCGCGCGUAUGGCGGCGUGACUUGGCCACAGGGUUUGUUUAUCUGGGCAAGGCGCUCGAGACUAUAACUGAGAUGUUGAGCUGUUGUUUACUGCUGAAUCCUCCCAGUAAAGCUGCCAAUUGUCAUUGGUUUCAAUCAAUAAAAUCUUGUGCUACGACUUGCAAAAAUGCAAAUUGACAAAUUGUGGUCA